UUCAGGUUUUCAGAUGGGCCCGUAAGGGGUUCCGUGGUGACCCUCAGGCAGGAGGAGCGUCCCAAGCCCAACGGGGUUCCCAAAAGUUCUUGUCUCUGUAGGUGGGGGCCGCUCCCCAACACCACCCUCCUCCCCCCCCCAGGAGCUGCUUAACGAGGGUUUGGAGCAACGGGAUGGAGUUCCCAGGGUGGAACCACCGGGAGCCGGAGCCCAACUCCCACCUGGGGUGACUCGGAGCCUCGACAGAAGGGAGGAGGCCGGUGCGGCGACGGCCGAGGCGCGGCUGGCACGGGAGGCGACGGUCGCGGGGCGUCCCGGCUCCUCCCCGCCGCACCCAGGCCCUGCGCUGCCCGCCCCCUCGCCGAGGCCCCGCCCCCUCGCCGAGGCCCCAUCCCUGCCGGCUCUACGAGGCGCCGCCACCGCCAUGGACGCCCAGAAGCUGGAAGACAAGCUGACCUGCGCCAUCUGCCUGGAGCUCUACCUGGAGCCGGUGACGCUGCCCUGCGGCCACAACUUCUGCGGGGACUGCAUCCGGGACUGGUGGGGCUGCCGCGACAGGGCGUGCCCCGAGUGCCGGGAGCACUUCCCCGACGGCGCCGAGCUGCGCCGCAAUGUGGCCCUCACCGGCGUGCUCGAGUUGAUGCGCGCCGGGCCUGCCCCGGCUCCCGAUCCCGACCCCGCUCCGGCUCUCGGCCCCGACCCCGCCCCGGCCCCCGGCUCCGGGCCGGGCGCGCGCUGUCUCCGGCACGGGCAGCCCCUCGAGCUCUUCUGUCGCACGGAGGGUCGCUGCGUGUGCAGCGCAUGCACCGUGAACGAGUGUCGCCUCCACGAGCGGGCGCUGCUGGACACUGAGCGUCGGGAACGCGAGGCCCAGCUGAGAGCCAUGCUGGAGGUCACCCAGCAGCAGGCCACCGAGGCUGAGAGCCAGCUAAAGGAAUUGCAAGAGCAAAGCAGCCAGAUCCAGAGCUCGGCCUGCACCCUGGCCUCCGUAGUCUCCAGCAAAUUCAGCUGCCUGCUGCAGGCCCUGGAGAUGCGGCGGACCUUGGCACUGACGGACAUCGAGGUGGCCAAGACACAGGCACUAACACAGGCCCAGGAUGAAGAACGGCGACUGCGGGGCCACCUGGAAGCCCUGGCUCACUACGACCGCAGGGUCCGGGACCUCCUGGAGCAGUUGGAUGACCAGACCUUCCUCCAGGAAUCACAGCUCCUGGCACCCCCAGGCCCUCUUAGGCCCCUGGCUCCUCUGCAGUGGGACGAAGAGCAGCAGCUGGCUGGCGUGGAGUCACUGAGCCGGCUGUAUGGUCUCCUCCUGGAUGAGGGGAGCCACCCCAGGGCACCGGCUGAGGCUGCUGAUUUGGGCCCCGUGGGUAAGGCUGACCCCAGAUCUCUCUCUACCCCUCCGGGCCCAGCUGGCCCUCCCACAGCCGGUGGGAGUGGGGUCAGGACCCUGCCCCCCAUGAGCUCUCUCCCCGUCACUGCCCUAACACUUCUUUGCCUCCUAGAGGCCCCAGGUCCCCUGGCACCAGUCCCAAGCCCGGUUUGCCCACUGAGGAGGAAACUCUGGCAGAAUUAUCGCAAUCUGACCUUCGACCCAGACAGCGCCAAUUGCCACCUCUACCUGUCUCAGCAGGGCCAGCAGGUAAAGCACCGUCACAAGCCCCGGGACCUGGCCGGGCCACACAGCUUCCAGCUCUGGCAGGUGCAAUGUGCCCAGAGCUUCCGGAACGGUCGACACUACUGGGAGGUGCGCACGUCUAAUCACUCAGUGACACUGGGCGUCGCCUAUCCAGAACUUUCACGGCACAAGCAGGGGCCCCACACAGACAACAUUGGGCGUGGGCCUAGCUCCUGGGGGCUCUGUGUUCAGGAGGACAGGGCCCAGGCCUGGCACAACGGGGAGGCCCGGCGCCUCCCAGGGGUGUCCGGGCGGCUCCUGGGCAUGGAUUUGGACCUGGCCUCUGGCCGCCUCACCUUCUACAGCCUGGAGCCCAAGGCCCAGCCCCUACAUACCUUCCACGCCAUUUUCACCCAGCCCCUCUACCCCGUCUUCUGGCUCCUGGAGGGUAGGACUUUGACCCUGUGCCACCGGCCUGAGGCCAAGCUCCCUCCGGGACUCCAGGAAGAGGCCGCGGGGCCCAGCUGAGGUGCUGCCCGGGCCUCAGAGGCUAGUGUGGCGCCCAUGGGCCCCUGUUCCUGCUGGAGAGUGUGUGCGGUCCGGACCUCGCCGCACAGGAGGCACAACAACACACUUCGCUGCAGCUCACCUCCCUUGAAUGUCAUGUAGACCAAAGGGACGGGGCCUGGGGUGGGAAGCAAAGCACAACCAAUUCCUGGAGAAAACCUAGAGAAAAGCGAUUUUUACCUCCUUCUCUCUCUUCUCGUAACAUUUUGGCAUAUCUUAGUCUCUUUGGUAUAUCCUUGUGAUUACAUUUUGUAAACAAUUGAGGUGGGAUUUUUUUUGCCUUUUUUACUCAGCACAAGCAUUUUUCACGGUAUUAAAAUUUUUCCCUGAAUGAUUACCAUAUAAAUAGUCUUUGUAAUUUUUCUAUUUUAUUU